ACUGUCAAAGCGUGUCUGUAAUUUACGUGCUUAAUAUUUAUUUUUGUAAGUGAAAAGUAUCGAAAAAUGGGCAAGAAAAAGCCUCUAUCAAACCUCUCUAAAGAGGAGAAAAUGGUUAUUGUCAUAUCGGAGAUUAUACAAGAAUUAUUAGUAGCGCAUCGUCAAGGGAAAGAUGUUAACCUCAACAAAAUGAAAACGAGGAUAUCGUCAAAGUACGGACUAGGAACUUCUCCCCGGCUCGUGGACAUCAUUGCCGCUGUUCCUGCUGAUGCUAAAAGCAUCUUGCUACCUAAGUUAAAGGCAAAGCCCAUAAGGACUGCCUCGGGUAUUGCAGUGGUCGCGGUUAUGUGUAAACCACAUCGUUGCCCCCAUAUAAACUUCACUGGUAAUAUAUGCGUCUACUGCCCCGGAGGUCCCGAUUCUGACUUUGAGUAUUCCACUCAGAGUUAUACUGGUUACGAGCCGACUUCUAUGCGAGCUAUUAGGGCUAGGUACAAUCCUUACCUCCAAACGCGCCAUAGAGUCGAACAGUUAAAACAGUUGGGUCACAGUGUGGAUAAAGUGGAAUUUAUAGUUAUGGGUGGCACUUUUAUGAGUUUACCUGAAGAUUAUAGGGAUUAUUUUAUUAGGAAUCUCCAUGAUGCUUUAUCUGGUCAUACAUCAAGUUGUGUGGCAGAAGCUGUGAAAUAUUCAGAGAAGGCAAAGACUAAAUGCAUUGGCAUCACAAUAGAAACAAGACCUGACUACUGUCUACAGAGGCACAUGAGUGACAUGCUUAAUUAUGGAUGUACUAGACUUGAAAUUGGUGUGCAAUCAGUGUAUGAGGAUAUUGCCCGUGACACAAAUAGAGGGCACACCGUUAAAGCAGUCUGUGAAAACUUUAAUCUAGCAAAAGAUGCUGGUUAUAAGAUUGUUGCUCACAUGAUGCCUGAUCUACCAAAUGUGGAUUUUGAAAGAGAUGUGGAACAAUUUAUAGAAUUCUUUGAAAACCCAGCAUUUAGAGCUGAUGGUCUCAAAAUAUAUCCUACUUUGGUGAUCAGAGGGACUGGUCUUUAUGAAUUGUGGAAGACUGGCAGAUACAGAAGCUAUCCACCAUCAACAUUGAUUGAUUUGAUUGCAAAGAUAUUGGCUCUUGUACCGCCUUGGACUAGGGUAUACAGAGUUCAGCGUGAUAUACCGAUGCCUCUCGUGUCCUCUGGUGUAGAACAUGGUAACUUAAGAGAGUUGGCACUUGCUCGAAUGGCUGACCUCGGCACUGAUUGCCGUGAUGUCAGGACUAGGGAGGUUGGCAUACAAGAGAUACACAAUAAAGUCAGGCCAUAUGAAGUGGAAUUAAUAAGGCGGGAUUAUACAGCAAACGGUGGCUGGGAAACAUUCUUGGCUUAUGAGGAUCCAGACCAAGACAUUCUUGUGGGAUUGCUGCGCCUCAGGAAGUGUGCCAAGGAUACUUAUAGACCGGAACUGAAACCUGGACCAAACUCUAACUUCAAACAAUGCAGUAUUGUUAGAGAAUUACAUGUGUAUGGAUCUGUAGUGCCUGUAAAUGCUCGAGACCCCACUAAGUUUCAACAUCAAGGUUUCGGUAUGCUUCUAAUGGAGGAAGCUGAGAGAAUAGCGCGCGAAGAGCACGGCUCCGACAAAAUGGCCGUUAUAUCCGGAGUCGGCACUCGCAACUAUUAUGCUAAGAUUGGAUACCAUCUAGAAGGGCCGUAUAUGGUCAAAAUGUUGCAUUAGAAAUAAAGUGAACUUUCAGCUGUUGACUUAAAGUCUAUUGUUGUAAGCACAGAUGUAUGUGAAACUAUUGUAAAUAUAAUGUCAAAUAAAUAUUUGAUU